AUGUCGCCAUCGAAUGCUCGUGAGGACGAAUACACCAUUGUGCCUCUCACGUUGCUAGAUGCGACACUUGGAAAUGUCAAUCUUUACCUGAGGGUGAGCAUGAUAUUCGAUGCCCAGCUAUCGUUUGAGAAGCUGCGGUCGUCGUGGUUCGACAUGAUCCGGGCCCGACCAGUCAUCGGCGCUCUGGUGCGGCGCUCUAAAUCGUCUCCGUCCGCCCUCGCGUAUCACAUACCGACACCAGCAACGUUGGAGAGGUACAUCGACGACCAGUUCACCGUCCCGGACCAGCACAAGGACUUUUUCUGCAUGGACGAGUCUCAUCGAUCCAUCAACGAUUACUGCCCUGCUUUUGGAACGGGAGCGAGGGCGCCGACGCGGUCGACAGACGGCAUUUUUGUUGCAGACGGCGCGGCACCCGAGGACAAGGCGCGCUGCACGGGCUUCAACGGGAUAGCGUCCAUCCAGGAACUCCUGGAUUCGAACCGGCCCAUUGUCACGACGCAGGUCACUCGCUUCAGAGACGCGACUGUCAUUACGUGCUCCAUGUCGCACAUCUUCGGGGACUUGUUCAGCUUCAAGGCCAUGUUCCAGGGAUGGGAAAGCGCCCUGCACGGCGCGUCUCCGGCCCCCUUUGAGCAGCUGGGUGUCGAUCCGUUCCGUGCCUACGGACCGGGUGGUGAGCUCGGCAGCCAAGGUGGUACAGAGCCCGUUCCGCCCCCGGGGUGGCGGGUGUACGGCUGGAUGGACAAGGCUCGUUUCCUGCGCCGCUUCCUCUGGGAUGUCUACGUUUCGCGACCGGAGAGAACCAUCUCGUCAAAGCACAUCUUCAUCCCGGAAUCACACCUGCGAGCCUUGGAGGACAGAGCCAAGCACGACCUGGUGACGGUGCAGGCAAAGCGACGCCGGCGUGGGCGCGCAGAGCAGGAGACGCCCCUCCGUGUAAGCCGAUCCGACGUCUUGUACGCCUGGCUCCUCAAGAAUAACCACGCGCACCUGGCGCCCGACCAUUGGUGCUCGCCAGCCACCAUUGCCAACGCUCGUGCAAAGCCGCCCGCUCCGCUGAGGGCGAGAUCGUCCGAUUUCCCGAGCCACGAGUGGUACGGCGCGGCCAUGUGCGUCGGCCUGGGAAGUCUCAGGGCCGGAGACAUCAUGAAGAUGCCGCUCGGGGAGCUGGCCCUGUACGUCCGCGAGGCCGUCAAGGAAAACUCGUCGCGCGAGAACGCAAAGAAGUGGAUGGCGUUUCAGCUUCACCACAAUCUCUGGAAGAAGCCGUCGGGCAGGUUUGUGUUUUGGUGUCCGCCCCAUCAUCAUUGGUCCGGCCUGACCGACUGGCGCCUGGGGAAGUUGCCAGACGUGGAUUUUACUCCCGCUCGCAUCGACGGCGGUGGCGACGACAACCGUGGGCCCGUGACGGUGUGCGCCAUCGACGGCUACAUGAUUAGCGGCAGUACACAACGAAACUGCUGGAUCUGCUUGGGGGAAGCCGACGGUGGUGUUUGGAUCAUCGGCAUUACGGGCCAAGGUGAGUGGACGCACCCCCAAGGGUUGGGAAGAUAUCGCCGACUGCGACACCGGCCGGCAAGCAAGCUCUAA